CACCCAGGGAUCACCUUGUAUAUCUGUAUAUAUAUCUAACCCCUUGGAUACAUCUUCCUACAGUUCAACAUAGAUACAUCUACUAUGCACUGUAAAAUCCUCCCUUUUCUGGUUUCCUGUCUUCUCAUGGUAGAUGGAAAGGCUGAUCUACAAAGUACACAAAAGGAUGUUUUGACGAAUACACUUCAAGACAACUUUAAUCCAAGCCCUAAGGAGGGAAGAACAUCUGAACCUGAUGGUAGGGCACUGGUUAAAAAGAUUCUGGUUAAACAUGGAAGCACGUUCCAGCCAGCACUUCAGGCAUUCUUUAACAAGAAGCAGCAGCAGCAGCAGCAGGUGGACAGUCUUAAUCAGAGAUCAGAUAAUGCUUACACCAGAGUUCCUCAUUACAGUUCUAGUGACGAGGAUUUAUUUGACAAGCAUGAUUGGAGUAAUGAUGAUUAUGGAAAUGUGAAGAAUGAUCUUGAGACUUCAGGCUCAUAUAAUGACGGUUAUCAUCAGACCCGUGUGCCCUACUAUGGUUCUCUGUAUCCCUCCUACGGAGGUGUCGGAGGUAUUGGAGAUAUCGGAGGUAUUGGAGGUGUCGGAGGUAUUGGAGGUAUCGGAGGGGGUGGAGGAUAUAGAGGAGGAUAUGGAUACCAUGGAUAUUACGGAUACUCCGAUGGGGGAUACGGAGGUUAUCCAUACUCUUACUACGGGGUUUUACCUUUAAACGGAGGAGUAUAUGGUGGUCUAGGAGGUGGUAUUGGAGGAAUUGGAGGUGGACUUGGGGGAAUCGGAGGAGGAAUUGGGGGAAUUGGAGUUGGUAUUGGAGGUAUAGGAGGUGGUCUUGGAGGUAUAGGAGGUGGUCUUAGUAACAACCAGAAAUGUAUCCAAGGAUAA